AUGGAUCAAUUCUAUCUCGCAAUUUCAUUGUUUCGUCGCAAAAAGUUCGAAGAGUGUAUAAAUGUGUGCAAUGAAUUGUUGCAAAAGAAUCCACAGCAGAACGGACCAUGGGAAUUAAAGAUGCGGGCAAUGAUUCAGCGAGUUUACGUGGAUGAUAUCGAAGCUGAUGAUGGUGUACCAGAAAGUGACGAUUUGGAUAUGAAUCGAUUGGCAACGGCACCACGACCUGGCACAACACUGCGGCCAGAAGCGGGUGCGAAAAAUCCACAGCAAUUGUUAGUGAACAGCCGGCCAAGGACAUUAAGGUGUUUCUUUCUUAAUUACACAUUACACAUUAUUCACACAUUAAGUGGACGGCCGUUGACGGGAAUGUCUCGACCAGGAACAAUGACACAACGACCGGGCACUUCGAUGAAAAGUCGAACGGCUCUUCGAACCGGUGGAUCACGAAUCGAUUCGGCUCGAAAUAUUCGAUUGGGUUCAGCGACAAUGUUUGCUUUGGGCGAUCCAGCGGGACCUCUAUUUCAAGCGUCUCGAUUGAAUCCGGCGAAUUUCAUCAAUAAACCUCUUGCCAAACCUCUCUUUCAAUUUCUCUACUACCACGACGGUGAUGUUCGCAAAGCAUUAGAUCUCUGCAAAACGAUAGUCGAUCGACGACAAGGUGAUGUAUCUUGGUGGUGGUAUACACAAAUCGGCCGUUGCUAUAUUGCGCUCGGUAAUCCUCGCAGUGCUGAACGAUUUUUACGCGACUCACUGCAAAAAUUCGCCCAUAUUGAUACGGCCUUAUUGUUGGCGCGUGUUUAUGUGAAAAUUGAUCAGCCGCUGGCGGCAAUAGACAUCCUUGAGAAUUCGUUGAAAAAAUUUCCGGAUGAAAUUUCGCUUAUGACACAUCAAGCGCGCAUACUCGAACUGAUGGGCAAUCUGCAGACAUCGGUGCGUAUGCAUCGGCACAUUGCACAACUGGAGCCAAUUAACAGUGAAGUGCUCGCCUGCAUUGCCGUCCAUCAUUUCUAUGGCAAUCAGCCCGAAAUGGCACUUCUCUACUAUAGACGUGUCUUAAGCAUGGGAGUGCACAGCUGCGAAUUAUUUUGUAAUCUCGGUCUGUGCUGUCUGUAUGGAGGUCAAUUAGAUUUGGUGUUUCCGUGCUUUCAACGUGCCAUUCGCUUAGCCACAACGCCCGAACAACGUGCUGACGUAUGGUACAAUUUGAGCUUCGUCGCUUUGACGAGUGGCGAUUUGAAUUUGGCACGUCGAUGUUUACGUUUGUGUCUGAGUUCGGAUGGUUCACAUGGAGCAGCGCUCAACAAUUUGGCAGUGAUAUCCACACAAUUGGGGCAAUUCAGUAAAGCAAAAUCCUAUCUAACCGCCGCCCGAGCAGUGCUAUCAAACAGCGAAGAGGUGGAGGCAAAUAUCAAAUUAAUUUCAAAAUAUGCAUAAUGGACUUGUGGGAUGAAUUUUCAUUUUAUUCAAAAUUUAUUACCAAUUUUCAAAUAGAUUUUUAUGUUUAUUCUGUGUAAAUUCCGAGACGAAUGAAAGAAAAAGACAUGUUGUUGACUGCAUUUGCAGUUGUUACAAGAGU